AUGGGGCGAGAGCGAGGGCGGCGCCGGGAGCAGCAGCCGAGAGGCCGGCCGGGCGCGCUCCCUGCGGGGCUGAUGGCCGAGGCGAGGCCGGCGGGCGAGGCCGAGGGAAGCCCCGAAGCCCCAGGGGCGCCUCCGGGGGCCGCGCGGGGCCAGGCAGGUAACGUGCGCGGCGCGGGACCCGUCUUCCUUCCGGGGGGAUCUGACACGCCAAAAAGAGGCAAACGCGUGUGUGUGUGUUUGUGUGUAUGUGUUCGCCCCUUCAUGUCAGCUGCUGACAUUCAGGCUUCUUUCCAGUAAGUGGUGCAUAUUUAUUCCGCUAUUGAAUUUUCCAGGCACCUAUCAGAGUGGACUUGGAAAACGCUGAACAAACUAAACCAAACAGGCUUCUGCUUAAAUUUACCAGGAUCCUCAAGACACUUAAGCGGCUCCCUGCGCAUUCGAGACGCAUCCAGCGCACAUCUUGCUCCGAUUUACAACCUGUUACUUCUGAUCCCUCUCGCUUCCCUUUUGAGGCUCAGCGAGGGAGGGAUUGUUUGCGCGUGGCUUUUAGCAGUUAUUCACUGAUCGUGGAAAAUAGCCUUACUAAUAUAACUAGUUAGCUUUUUUAUCCUCACCAUGAUCUACUGGACGGCGUUUGAUAAAAGCAGGUUGUAUGCAAAAGCCAGUGCUUUCAAAAAAAAGCUUGUGCUUUUUGUUUUUGGAAGCACUCUGCUGGGGACUGUGGUCACUUUUGUGGGCAUCAAGUGACCUGUAUUCUUAGCUCAGCUGCCAGAUGAAUCAGGGGGAAAUGUUGCUCCGUGUCCCCUGCUAUUUGUUUCGGUAAAAUAGGGAUAAUGGUGGUGCCAUGGGCGUAGCCAGGAGGGCAGGCUCCUGCCCCAAUCAAUCAAAAUUAAUAAAAAUCAAUAUAAAUCCAAGGUUCUGUUCCCCGCUAACAAAAAUCCUGGCUACGCCCAUGAGUGGUACUUUGAUUUUCUACAAACACUGAGUGCUGAAUGCAUAUACCAGCAAUACAGAAGCCCUUGCCACUCCUUCUUGGCUUUUACCCUCAUUGCAAUAGUGUUCAGUGUAGUGGAAAGAAAAGAUACAAAUUUAAUUAACUAAGCACGGUUCUUUACUCUUAUAUUCAAAGGGUAAAUUGGGAGACAUAGUAGUGUGAGUACAGAAUCUGCUUCCUCACCCCAGUGAUAGCAGUCACCCAAAUACAGGAAGCAAGGGAUGUGUGAUGAGCAUUUGUGUGUGGAAAUGCUUCAAACAGGCUUUUCUGUGUAUAUCUGGGGCUUUGCUGAGAUGAACUUUCAUGAGCAAAUUUAAAGCACUUUACUGUCUUGAACAUCUACAGAUAUUUUCCUUUUUUGGAAAAGGCAUCAGCCACUCUCUGUAGCACCAGCAAAACACACACACACACACACACACGAGAGAGAGAGAGAGAGAGAGAGAGAGAGAACAUUGUAUUAUUAGUAGGAUAUGUUGCAGAAUACCUUCAGAAUAUUUAACAGGCAAAUAUCUCUGAAUCUUACACAUGCAAUUAUAAUUUAAUUUCACCUAAUCAGAUCACAGUGACUUGUUUGGGGAAGAAAUGUAAUUGUCUGCUAAUGGAUUCCCAGGCCGCACAGUUGUUCUCAGUCAUUCUAGCAAAUGGGUUUGGAGAUUGUGGCUUUUAAUGCAGCAAGCAAUUAUUCUUAAUUCAUGUUUGCUUUACUUCCUGGGAUUCCCAUAAAAUGUUAAUAACAGAUUUCAUCACAGGUUCUUAUACAUAGUUACUAAACUAACUUUUCAUGUUGUUUUCUAGAUGAUGUGGUGAUAGAUAAGUCUUUGUAUUGCAGUCUGUAUGAGUUUGAAGCCCCAACCUGGAGGAAAACACUCCAAACAUAGGUUUACAAUCUCAGUGAGAGAAUUAGGACUCGAUUGCUGAUGUCUAAUUAUGUUAGCUUCCCUGUUUUCUCUAGGUAGUUGCUAAUAUAAUUCAACUGAAAAUUGGUUUUGUUGAACCUGUUCAUUUGUAUCUUGAUCCUGUAGGGAAGGAGUGCCAGAUGAUUGUGUUCAUUUACUUUUGUUCUGAAGCUCCAAGCUAGGUAACAACUCUAAACAUCACAAAGCACUUUGUAUGUUACAAGUAUCUUUUGUCUGCAUUGUGCUAGGUCACAUCUCAAGGAGUCCUUGAGCAAAGGAGACUGCUCAGAAUAUAUCUAGGGACAUUUUACCUCAUGCCUAUUUAGCUGGGUAUAAUGGAGGAGCCAUAUUAUGAAACAUGUUAGGCAACUUUACAAAUCUUUGAUAUUUUUAAAUGUGAUGGUAAGUGGCUCGAACACCUGUUCGCUGCAUGCAGAGGCAUUUGUUUUCAGGACAUAUUGGAUGAUUGUAAACAAUAAUUAUUUGGACGUUUGGAGACAGUAGGAUAGUGCUAUGUCCCACAAUGGUUUCUUGUCAAAUAGGUUUUGCUGACGUUUAGCUAUUUUCUUCCCAACCUAUAAAACCUAUGAAAGAACAUCUUAUACUUGAGGGCAAAAUAGUCCUGCCACAUGACCUUCAAAUAUCUGGAAAAAGCAACAAUCAGUCUGUACAGGGUCUCAAAGAGGUUGAAAAUAUCUCAGGCCCCACCUGACCCUCUCUGAUGCAGGGCUUAUCCACACGUACCUCUCCUCUGUGCUUUCCAGGCAUGGUCUGUGCUUUAAAGCUCUGUGUCUUUACCGCUGAAUCAGAGCAAACAGCAAUUCACAGAAAACCUGAAUUGCCAUUGGUUGCACUUCAGCUUUAAAGAGUGGGUUUUUACAGAGAAUGUUUUGGGGCAAAAGAAAGAGCUGUUGGAUAUGGAGCUUUAAAGCACAGACCUGAGCAAAAGGUAACUGUGGUUAAGGCCUCUCUUGUGGCCCUGCUUCUUUCUCAUCCGCAGUGGGUUACUCCAGUGACCAUAGCAGAACCUCCUGGUCAGGGCUGAGCUCCUGCUGAGUUUUAUGACCUAAAGCAGCAACAAUCUCUCCAGCACAGGUCGCAAUCUGAAGGAGUGGCUGAAGGAACAAUUCUGUGACCACCCCAUCGAGCACUGUGAGGACACUCGACUGCACGAUGCCGCUUAUGUGGGAGACUUGCAAACCAUUAAAAACCUGUUGGAGGAAGAGAGCUUCCAAAGGUAGCUCUCAAUUUUACUGAAAUGGAGCAUGGAUUCUCAGGUGAUAAAUCAAACACUUUAGCCCUGAGUACAUUUUAGCCUCAUGCAAAUAGUCACUGAGGAACACUGAGGGUUCAAAGGGAUGUAUGAAGAUAGGGAUCUCCUGCUGAUCCUCCUCCUGGGCUCUGUAUGUUCCAGGUUCCAUCUGCACAUUUAUUUCAUCCAUCAGAUCUGUACUGUCCAUUUUUGUAGAGUUCAGAUUAUGGGUAGCCUUCCUUAUGAAUUAUUAAGGCGUACGUAAUUCUGGGUGUAUGUAUCUAAGCUGGGGUUGCAUAUACCGUAUUUUCGCUCUAUAAGACGCACCAGACCAUAAGACGCAGCUAGUUUUUGGAGGAGGAAAACAAGAAAAGAAAUAUUCUGAAUUUCAGAAGCCAGAACAACAAGAGGGAUCGCUGCGCAGCGAAAGCAGCAAUCCCUCUUGCUGUUUUGGCUUCUGGGAUAACAGCACAGCCUGCACUCGCUCCAUAAGACGCGCACACAUUUCCCCAUACUUUUAGGAGGGAAAAAGUGAGUCUUAUAGAGCAAAAAAUACGGUAAGUUUGGGUGUGCAUGUGUGCAGUCAGUGACAGACUGUUUGCAUCAAAUGGAUACUGGAUGGGGCUGAUUGGAAUCGUAGUCCAAAACAACUGAAGAGUGGCAGGUUAGCAAAGGCUGCAUGUGAUUGUGCCUUAUAUAUCUAUGUAGACAUGAUUUUAUUCCCACGCUGUCAGAAAAUUGUUGUUAUGGAUAACAUAGGACAUCCAGGGAAAGAAUCCAGAGAGAGAAAAGUUGGUGUUUGUUCUUAAUUUUUCCCCACAUAUGCUGAGAACAGGGCAUGCUCACAGGGGGAAGCAAGGCAAGAUCCAGGCACACUCAUGUAUUACUUAGUUGUGCUGCUUUUGCUUUCUUCAGCCGCAUCAAUGAGAAAUCCGUGUGGUGUUGUGGUUGGCUGCCUUGUACGCCGCUGCGGAUUGCUGCCACGGCAGGACAUGGAAACUGUGUGGAUUUCCUGAUUCAGAAAGGGGCAGAGAUUGAUCUUGUGGACGUGAAAGGGCAAACUGCCCUGUACGUAGCUGUUGUGAAUGGGCAUCUGGAAUGCGCACAGAUCCUUCUGCAAGCCGGAGCUGACCCCAAUGGGAGCCGUCACCACCGCAGCACCCCUGUGUAUCAUGCUGCCCGGGUAGGCAGCACUGACAUCCUGAGAGAGCUGAUCAGGUAAGUACAGAGUGAUUUUGCUUCAUCUUUGCCCAGGAGCCAAUUGCUGGUCAGCCAAAUAGGGUACAUUUGCUACGGAAAGGAUUCUGAGUUGUCCAAUUCCAACAGGGAGCAAUUGUCAGUGAGAGAAGAUAGGCAGAGUUGGGGGAGGGUCCUCAGAAAAUGGAAAGACUUGAGAAUUCCAUUUUUAGGGUAGGAGAAAUUCAGAAUCCUUUCAAAUAUCUACACUUCUUUUUCUUCUCUGCAAAAUUUAAUGUGUUACCAUUCUGACAAAAACGUGCUCAAGACGGCACACUUUUAUUCUUCCCUUCCUGACCAUUCUGAGAAUAAGAACAUAUAUGAGUUAUUCACCCUGCAGCUGCAACAUCACAUGCUGAUGGCUGGCAUGUGGAACAGGGAUUGCAGGUCAAAGACCUUCAUGUCCCCUCUUGAAGGUCUGGUUUUCCAUCUUCUCUCUUGCCAAAGUUAAACACUUAAAGUCCCAUUUUGACCCCACCUCUCCACCCUCAAGGCAGCUGGUAAUGAACGAGUCAUAAAAACAUCAAAAAUGGUUAAAAAUAUGUCUCACCACUACAAUGAAAUUGUAGCCAGCAAAAUUCAAAGAGAGAAGCAACAAAGCCAGAAACAACCCCUGGUAUGGGAACCAGACAGAUUACAGCCUUCACCAAUAACACAUUGCCUUAACCUGGGGUCUGAAGGCAGAUAAAGAGUUGGCAUUCUAGGGCAAAUAUGUCCAGAGCCAAACAAACAGACAAAUAACCCCUGGGAUUGCCACCUAGUGUCUACUCAAGAGCCACUCACACCACCAGUCCCAAGUCUCUAAUAGGUGUGCCUUCCAAUAAACUUGUUGAAGGCUGGGAGAUAAAUGCCUACAAUAGAUAAGAUAGAUACACAUUCUUAAACACCCAUUAAUUAAAGACCACUUUACUUAGUUAGGUGUACACAUAAAAUUUUCUGUAUACAGACCUGAAAAGCUGAUGUUUGAAGUGUCAUGUCGCAGUGGAGGCAGCUGAGCCGUUCAGUUCUGUGAGCCAAACCACGUGUGAUGGUGGCAGACCCACAUGUCAGAACCACAUCCAAGGUUUCUUGCAUCUCCCUGAUCUAUGGAUCAACAGCCCCUUUGGUGUAAGGUGAUGGUGUGCAGAUUUAUACUUCUGCUGCAAGGACUCUUGGCCAGCAAUAUUAAAUGUAGACUUUGGAAAGCUUUCAAGUUUAAAAUUAACUGACCCUGGCCAAUAUCUUCUCAUUAAAUAAUUUCUCUAUCAUGAUGACUAUGCUAAUACCAGAUUGUCAAGUUGAAAUACAGCUAUUAAUCAGUUUAAAUUGCUUUGUGGAAAGCUUAAAAUAUCAGUUAUGCCACUCAUACUACAGAAAAUGCACUCGUCCAGUAAAAUACAGAUACAUACAUAUGCCCAGCUGCUAAAGCAAGCAAACAAAAUUCCACAUCCAGUCUAGCUUGACCCUAAGAAUUAUGACCUAAGCAAAUAUACUUUUUUUUGGGGAGGGACUGUCUUAUGUUAGAACAUCUCUCAAAUACAUUUUUGACCUGGGUACAUGAUAAAUCAUCCAUCUGACACAUGCCCUAGUUUAGCAAUGCAUGCAGCUACACUGAAAGCACACCCGUGUCCCCAUUUCCAAUUCACAGAGUAUGUGGUUUAUCUGAGAUGGCUUUUCAUGUGUCUGUACGGGAAAAGAAAUAUUAGAAGGUCUGAGAAGUGAAUACAUUUAAUAUUGCUUCUGCUUCCCAUCCCUCAACUAGACUGCAAUACAACUUUCCAGGUGCAUGUCAGAUUCGUCUCCUGACAGCCAUUCAGAAGCAGGGACACCAUUUUUUAUUUGGGGUGCUGAGAAAUAAGGUUCACAGCAAGAUUCCGUAGGCCAUUCUUGGAUAUUUUCAAAAUUAAAUUGCAAAACAAAAACAGUUGGAGCUGAAAAACCAGGAUGAGCAGAAAGCAAAUAGCCACUGCCACUGUUUUGCAAUUACUUGGGCAAGUGUUGCUCAAACUGAUAAGUUCUACAGCAGUUCUUAUCUUUCAAACACUCUUACAGAAUCAGAAAACAUAUUAAAGAUUUAGCUUCACUUUUCAGCCUUUCCAUGGGCAACACUCUGGCAUGAGAGGCCAUGGAUGCUUUAGCUAAGAUUCCAGCAUUGCAUGGGUUUGGACUUGAUGACUGGGGUCCCUUCCAACUCCACAGUUCUAGGAUUCUAUCAGGUAGAGCAGCCUUUUCAUGAGUAGGAGGCUCUUUCCUCAUCAUGUGAAAGGGUUCUAGAGAAUUCCCUCUUCUGAAAGGCCAAAUCAGAAAACAAAAACUGUAAGCAGACCAUGUGCCACCCCAUGAUUUUAUGUAGCCUGACUAGUCUCUGAGCCUGCAGAUAGUGCUGACUGACUUCACAGGGAAUUGUCUGCGUUCUUCAAAGUGGUAUUUUCCAGCUUCGCAAUGACUAGUAAGUUCUACAUACAGACAUAACCAGGACUUUCCCCCACAAACCUGGCACAGAAUAAUAUCACCCUUUCCUUAUUAACCAGGGAGUGGAGGUAGAAUGGAAAUAUAUAAUUAGGAAAGCAGAACCUCAUUCUUAGACUGUUUGGAUGGGAAGGGAAAGUUAUUCCAAAGUCAUAUAAUUACUCCAUAGGGACAUUUGGAGACUCUGCUUAGAGUGGAAUCCCCUUCCUGGUUACAGCAGAGCCAAACACAACUGCUCUGCUUCUGGUGACUUUUGCCUUGGCAAGCGCAACUAGUCUGCAGGAUUUACAUUUCAAACAAACAUGUUGCUCUCAGUGAUAGCUUUGAAAUCCUGCUCAACUCUUUGAGAUCUGUCUAGCAAUAAACAGAAAACGAAUACUUGGCCAUUUAUUUGACGAGCUGCCAUUUCCCGCCUUCCCUUUUUGCUGCUGCUGUCCAUGCUUUUCUACUCUGCCAGCCGUUAUUAUCACAAAAGGUUGGUUUCCUGAAGGUGUGUGCAUCUUUGUGUCUGUCAAUAGUGAAAGUCAUAGGAGGAGAUCUCUAGAAGGCAACAAGUUCAGAAAUGAUGUUGGUGUUUGUGUGAGUUGACAGCACUGGAACAGUCACAUUAAAGGGCCAAAGAGGCAGGAGAGGUGGUAAGCAACCAAAAAUGGGGCUACCCCAGUGGCACCCCCAAUUCCCCCCCCCUCUCCCCCUUGAGUUAGUAUGGGAUAGAGGAGGAAGAUCAGCACAGUAAUACUACUACUUCAUAUUAAUAGAGUACUUCUAAUAUUCAAAGUACUUAAUAUGCAUGAUCUAAAACAGUCCUCUGGUCUUGUUGUUAUUAUUAUUUGCAUAUAGCAGGGAGGGGGACUGAAGGCAAAAGGCAGAGGCUUACCUAAAACCGUCUUGUGAGUUCAUGGCUGUAGUAAGAAUUGCACCAGCCGUCUCACAGCCCAGUCUCUUAGCCAUUGCUCACUUCUAGUUAGGGAAGACGUGUGAGUCCAGCCCAGAGAAUCUAGCCAAGGCCUAUUGCAGCUCCCUCUGCUGAAAGCUGAGCUGCUCAUGUGCUUUGCCUUUUUAUUGACUUAGCAAUGACUCCCUUGUGGGAAUUCUAUGGUUGUGGUCAAUAUUCAGAUAUCAGAAGGUAAAGUUAGUGUGUACAUUGCAGCCACCAAUUUUCCAUUUCAAAACAGCAUCAGCUUGACCACUGCACUCAUUUCCAACAAGGCCAGGAAAGGUGUAAUAUGCCUUUAACACAGCCUCUUUCCUGAAUACUGAGACACUGCAUGACUGUGAAUUUGUCUUAGGUUGGCCCCUGGCCCACCUAUUUUGGGGAGUGGGGAGGAAUAAUAAUAAUGAUUUUAUUAUUUAUAUCCCGCCCAUCUGACUGGGUUGCCCAGGAAGGAUUCAAAAUACAGUGGUACCUCAGGUUACAGACGCAUCAGGUUACAGACACUUCAGGUUACAGACACUUCAGGUUACAGACACUUCAGGUUACAGACACUGCUAACCCAGAAAUAGUACCCUGGGUUAAGAACUUUGCUUCAGGAUGAGAACAGAAAUCGUGCAGCGGCGGUGCAGCGGCAGCGGGAGGCCCCAUUAGCUAAAGUGGUGCUUCAGGUUAAGAACAGUUUCAGGUUAAGAAUGGACCUCUGGAACGAAUUAAGUUCUUAACGUGAGGUACCACUGUACAUUACAGGGCAGAAUCUCAAACCUCAUGAUCUUAUCAGUAAUAAAUGCUGGAGGAUUUUGUCAACACUUAACCUAAAUUCUUCCGAAAUCUCCCUUAAGUUAUGGAUAUGGCAUACUGUGGCCUGCACUGAGGGGGGUGAUCCAUGCAUGGGGAGAACUGUACUUAAUUGAGGCAGGAGAUCAGCUGGAAUACCUUUAGUAACUUUUGGUUCUGCGCUUCUGCAGUCCUGUUGGACUGGCUCUUUUAAGGAAUCUGUGUCCCCUCAUCCCUCUCCUCUAUUGGGCCACAUUUUAGACAACCUCAGUCUUAUGCUUCGCAAAACAGUCAGGAUAGCAUAUGUGAUUCUUCAUUUUAGUCGGGGAGAGCUCAGUCUGGGCUUUCCCCCAGUUUUCCCACAGAGGGCGGCACAAUUCUUUCGCACCAGCACAUCUCUGGAGUCUUGGCUUUCAUAGUUUACAUUCUGAAUAUUGCUAAACACUCUCUGUUUCCAUCUUGUCAUGUGAAAGCUAUCCUAGCAACUAGCAAGCUGGCUACUUGGCAGAUAUAUAUUCUUGUCUGUAACCACAUGCGGUGAAAAGCAGAUUUAAUUGGCACUACCUUUAGAGAGGGAUUUAACAAAGCCUCUUUGCCUCACCCUGAUGCUCAUGUGAAUUUGUAGCUUCUGAAACUGAAGGGGAGAGACAGGAAUUGUCAGUGCAGUGAGAGGCAAAGAGGGCAAGGUGGCCAGACGGUGAAAGAAAAACCCAGCCUGAACCUGACAGCACAGGGAGCCAGUAUAGCAACUGAGAGCAAAUUUGAUGAUGCAGAUAUAGUCAGAGAAUUGUAGAAUUGUAGAGUAGGAAAGGACUCCAAGGGUCCUCUAGUCCACUCCCUGCAAUGCAGGAUUCUCAGCUAAAGCAUCCAUGACAGAUGGCCAUCCAACCUCUGCUUAAAAAUCUCCAAGGAAGGAGAGUCCACCACCUCUCGUGGGAGUCCGUUCCACUGCCAAACAGCUCUUACUGUCUGAAAGUUCUUCCUGAUGUUUCAGUAACUUGAAUCCACUGGUUCAGUUCCUACUCUCCUGUGCAGAAGAAAAUCAGCUUGCUCAUCCUCCAUGUGACAGACCUUGAGAUAUUUGAAGAUGGCUAUCAUAUCUCCUCAGUCUCCUGUUUUGCAGGCUAGACAUACCCAGCUCCUUCAACAGUUCCUCAUCAGACUUGGUUGAGCACCCUGAUCACCCUCCUCUGCACAUGUUCCAGUUGGUCAAUAUUCUCCUUAAAUUGGGGAACCAGAACUGGAUACAGCAUUCCAGGUGUGUUCUGACCAAGGCAGAGUAAAAUAAGACCAUUACUUCCCUUGAUCAGGAUCUAUGCUAUUGUUGAUGUAACCUAAAAUAACAUUAGUGGGGGUUUUUUUGUUUGCUGCUGCAUCACACUAACUCAUGUUAAACUUGUGUUCUGCUAAGACCUCCUCUUCACAUGUACUACUGACUGGGUGUCCCCCAUCGUAUAUUGGUACAGCUGGUUCUAAGUGUAGAACCUGUUGUUUGUCCCUAUUGAAAUUCAUUUUUGCUUGGGACCAGUUAUCCAAUCUGUUAAGGUCACUUUGAAUUCUGAUUCUGUCUUCUGAGGCAUUAGCUACGCCUCCCAGUUUGGUGUCAUCUGCAAAUUGAUGAACACCCCACAAUCCCUUCAUCCAAGUUGUUUAUAAAGACGUUGAACAACAACAGGCCCAGAACAGAACCCUGCGGCACCCCACUUGUCACAUUUUCCCAGGAUGAUGAGGAACCUUUAAGGAGCACUCCUUGGGAUCAGUCAGUCAACCAGUUACAAAUUCACCUAACAGUUACCUUAUUCAACCCACAUUUUACCAGCUUCUUCACAAGAAUAUCAUGAAGAACUUUGUCAAAAGCCUUACUGAAAUCAAGACACACUAUGUCCACAGCAUUCCCCUGACCCACCAAGCUUCUAACUCUAUUGUUAAAAAAAGAGAUUUGUCUGGCAUAACUUAUUUUUGAGAAACCCAUGCUGGGUCUUUGUAAUCACAGCCUGCAUUUCUGAGUGCUAACAUACUAAAUGUUUAAUUAUGCUUUUUAGGACCUUUCCAGGUAUCAAGCUGUCAAGCUGACUGGUUGGUAGCUACCUGGAUCUUCUCUCUCCCUGCCCCCCUUUUGAAGAUGGGGACAGCAUGGGCCCACCUGCAGUCUGCAGGGACCUCACCUGUUCUCCAUGAAUUCUCAAAGAUUAUAGACCGAAGCUCUGAGAUUACAUCCUCAAACUCCUUUAGUACCCUUCAGUGAAGCUCCUCAGGCCCGGAGAUUUAAGUUCAUUUAAAGUAGCUGGGUGUUCCCUUCCUACCUCUUUUCCUGUCUUGGGCUGCAGCUCCCUCCUUACAUCAUUUAUUCUGUUAUCACCAGGUUGGGCAUCACUUUCCUUUUGGGUGAAGACAGAGACAAAGUAGGCCUUCACUCUGCCACCCAGAAGCAUUUCUCCGUCUUCUCCAUGCAGAGGACCUACCACUUGCUUGACUCUCAUAGCCAAAGAAACCUUUUAUUAUUAUUUUUCACCUCUCUUGCAAGCCUGAGCUCAUUUUGAGCUUUGACCCGCCUGACCUUCCCUGGGCAACUGUGCUACUUGUGUAUCCUCCUCCUUUGUGAUUUCCCCUUUCUUCCAUUUCUUCUCCAUGCUCCUUAUGCAGCCACACCAGUUUCUUUAGUGCCUCAUGCUUUUCUUUCUUGUUGGAAUUGUCUUUAUCUGUUGUCUGAGGAUUGCACCUAUUAUGUAUUUAUUGCAUUUAUAUCCUACCUUUUCUCCAAGGAGCUCAAGGUGGUGUUCUUGGUUUUCCUCCUCCUUCUUUAAUCCCCACAGCAACCCAGUGAGGUAGGUGAAGCUGAACCAGUAAGCUUCAUAUCCAAGUGGGGAUUUGAACCUUGACUCCCCAGGACCAAGGCUGACCCUGAAAACACUGCACCCCACUGGCUCUCACCUAACGCUAGAGGUACAUAAUCUGGUGGAGGACGACCAUCUCCUGCUUGACUUCACAAGGUUUUAUUCCUAUCCCUCUUGGUCCAAGGCACAUAAAGUCCAACAGGGCAGGAAUUUGCAGCUUGCCUAGCAACCAUCUCGCCGCCACAAAAGAGCUUAAUGAAAGCAGGGUUGCCAUAGUCUUUCCAAAUGAAUUUCAUUUUCUUUCCUCAGGUAUGGCGCUGAUGUGGAUGUAAAUCACCAUUUGAUCUCGGGACCCCAGCCCAUCUUCCCGGCCGCUCACCUCCCUGGUGGUCUGCCCCUUGUACAUUAG